ACUCCUCUAAAACCCUUCUGAAUCGAGUCUUCCCUCGACUUUGCGAAUGGGCAAUGGCGGCUUCCAGGACCUUACUUUCCCACCUCCGCCGUUCCAGUCUUCUCUCCACUCUCCGUCACGCGCGUAUUGAUCAAACUCCUUCCUACCUUUCAUAUCAAUCUCACCCCAACCUUGCGGCAGGGCCCGUCUCCCCAAUCGCAUCAUCCAUCACUCGGCGUUCCCUUUUCACUUCGCCCGACAACGUUGAACAAAAUAUCCUUCCGGUUCGUGCAAUCAUUUCAUUGCUCGAUGGUUACCAUAAUCUCACUGGCUUCCCUUGGUGGAUAACUAUUGUAACUUCCACUGCGGCUAUGAGGUUUGCAUUGUUUCCGGCAGUUAUUAUUCAUCUUCAGAAGGUGAAAACGAUUGCAGAGUUAGCUCCUAAAUUGCCUUCUCCAUUGCCACCACCUAUGUCAGGAAGAAGUUAUAAAGACCAUUUUAUACAUUUCCGGAAGGAAAGAAAGGCAAUUGGUUGCCCUUCGUAUUUUUGGUUUCUUGCUCCCUUCUUAACUCAGGUCCCUUGCCUUCUCUUAUGGGUGACUAGCAUUCGCCGAAUGUCAUUGGAUAAUCAUCCUGGAUUUGAUAAUGGUGGUGCAUUAUGGUUUGUGAAUUUAACCGAACUUCCUCACAGUGCUUCAGGACUCAUCUUUCCAUUUUUGAUUGCUUGUUUGCACUAUCUGAAUGUUCAGAUUUCUUUUGCGUCAUCUUCAGUUGGGAAAGUUGAUUCGUACUUGGCAAAAGUUUACAAGUUCUAUUUGGAUUUUCUGACAUUGCCUCUUUUCGGUGUUGGUCUGAUGAUUCCACAGGGAAGUCUAGUCUACUGGGUCACCAAUAGUUCAUUAAGUGCUAUUCAGCAAUUAACCCUCAAACAUUCUGCUGUUCGUGCAAUUCUUGGCUUACCAGAUAAGGGUGCUCCCACGGGACAAGCACCAUCUGUGGAGCCAACCUCAACACAGCUUAUAAUUCCUUCUCCUGUUCAAAACUUGAGUCCUAAAGAAUUGCUUGUACUUUCAGUUAAACACUUGUCACGAGAGGAAAGGGACCAUGCAGUAUUGUUGCUCAAAUUGGCACUUGAAAAAGAUCAUGCAUAUGUAAAAGCUAUGGUUCUUAUGGGACAAACUCUAAUGCAGAAAGGACUGAUGGAGGAUGCUACUGAAUAUUUUGAGCGUGCCAUUUCAAAGCUGUCUCUCGCUGGCCCUCCAACAGAGCUUGAAGAUGUUGAUCAUUUAAUGUUAUCGUCUCAAUGGGCUGGGGUUGUCUAUAUGAAACAGGGGAAGAAGGCAGAAGGACUUGCACACCUGGAGAGAAUUGCAAGUUUAAAAGAACCAGAGGAUCCAAAGAGCAAAGCUCAUUACUUUGACGGAUUGUUAUUGCUCUCCAGUGCAUUAUUUGACAUUGGGCGCAAGGCUGAAGCAUUAAAGUUUUUUGAAGGAAGUUGUUGCUUAUAAUCCAAAAUAUGACUAUUUACUCGAAGAAUUUAAGGACGAAGGUGAUUUCACGAAUAAUCUUGCUAGCAGUCGGAGAAGGGAUUAUUGAU